AUGAGCUCCUGGAUAAACGAGGCCGCUGCCGUCCCCAACCACAAUGGCAACGGCUUCGCGCACAUGAACGACCCGAACAGCAUGGCAGGAGCAGGCAUAAUGGAUCCGUCGGCGUUCAUGGCCAGCGCCGGCCAGUUCGCCAGUCCCGGCCACCCGGGCCAGCAGCAGUUCGCCAAUCCUCAACAGAUGGCCGCCGCCAUGCAGAACGGCCAGAUGCGCAACGCCUCGCCCUCGUUCGCGAAUCCAGUCUAUCAAACCAACCCCGUUAUACCCUCGAAACGACCCCGACCGAGAGAAGACAGCAUCAGCGCAUCGCCGCGUCAGAAUCCAGGCAUGCUUCCGACGUCACGCGCUGACACGCCCCAGCAAGCGCAGUACCCCGGCUAUCAGCCCAAUGCGAUGCAGCAGCAAAAUCCUGGCCAACCUCAACACUAUCCUCAUUUAAAACCCAAUGGCUCCGCCACUGCGUCUCCAUCGCCUGUCAUGGCUGGGAAUCAGCUGCGUCCGGGGAGUGUACCGCAACGCGUUAAUACCGCGUCGCCACAUCCCUUCUCGCCAGCGUCACAGCACUUCGGCCCGCAGGCGUCACCGGUUCCAUCAGAGCACUCCGGUACGCCUCAACCAGGCAUGUACAUGAAUGCUCCGAACUUCCCACAAGGCUUCCACCCAAACUAUGCGCCCUCUCCCUCGCCCGCGAGGCCACCGUCCGCUCAGAAUCACUUGGCGCCACAGAUGAUGCCCCAUCCGAUGGGCCAGAUGGCCCAGCAAAUGCAACAGAUGCCCCAGAUGCCUCAGAUGCAUCCGAACCAGAUGUAUACACCACAACAGAUGCAGCACAUGCAGCACAUGCAACAGAUGCAGGCGGCGCAUGCGGCGCAAGGGCACUCCACGAUGGAUCAGCAGAAGAUCAUGAUGCAUCAGAUGCGCCUUCAACAGCAAUACUCGCAAGCCAACAUGCCGCAGAUGGCUGCGCAGUUACAGGCACAGAACAUGGCUCAGAGCAUGGCUCAGGGUCGGGCCGGCAUGAUGCCCAGGCAAGCAAUGCCAAUGCAGAAUGGUCAGAUGCCACCUGGGGCCAUGCGCCCCCAGCAACCAGCGCAGGUGCCGCGAGGCACAAAUCCAGAAGGAUUCCUAAAGAAUCUCAUCACGUUCAUGAGCAUGCACAAGCUUCCGCUGGAUACGAACCCGAUCAUUGAAGGUCGACCACUAGCUCUACUCCAGCUCUUUCAGAAUGUCUCCAAGUUCAAAGGGUAUCGCGCUGUCACCGCAAGCAAUGGGUGGCCGCAAGUCGCAGCAUCUGUCGGGUUCCACCCACAACAAUUUCCGUCGGCCCCGAAUCAAGUAAGAGCUAUCUACGAGAGGAAUCUGCUCAAGUUCGAAGAAGCAUGGGCAAUGCAGCAGAGAAGUCAACAGGUCAAGCACCAGGCGGGCGGCUCUGGUGGUAUGCCUGGCGGUUCCAGUCAGGGAAACCCUCAAAGAAUGGGACAGAUGUCACCCCAGCAGCAUGGGCAGCCGGGGCAGCCUCAUAUGCAACAGCAACAUGUGCAAACUCCCGUCAAGCAGAUGGCUCCUGGCCCGGGAGUGCAGCAGGCGAAUGUCAAUGGCUUCUCGACCCCCAACCACCCUCAGAUGGUUCAGCAGCAAGCCAAUGCCCCGUCAGGCCAUUUGAGGAACAGCAUGUCGGGAAGCAUCGAAGGCACUCCUGCCAGCAGCGAUUUCCCUAUGCGAUCGCCAAUUCCUGCAGGGAAACCUGGGAGUAUUUCAGUUCCACAUACACAGCAACAAGCGGACAGUGCUCAAGUUAAUGGUGCUUCAGCCCUGCCUUUUCCCGGUCCCUUUGCAACGGACCCCGACGUAUACGUGCCGUGUUCCCGGGAGCUACACAUGUCAGGCCAUGGCGGCUUCGACAUGGACGUGAUGUCCCGGCUGGGUUCCGAGUUGGAGAAAUGGAGACCGGACAUACCGCCACCCCAGGAGCUUGGGAAUAUCGAUCUCCAUGCGUUAACGAAAAGUCUACAGUGCGGUAUACAUGGAGAAAUACGAAUGGCACUUGAUACCCUCGCGUCUGUAACACGCACAGCGGAGGUGGCGCCGAAUCUCGUGAUCGAUUUGCGCCACUGUGAGGACCUGGUCGAGUCUCUCAUCGAUACUGCCGAAGAGCAAGUCGAUCUGCUUGCUGAAAAAGCAGAGCCCGUGGCAGACGAGAUCGACCUGACCUCGUAUGAAGAGGUCGUGAGGGCAUGUCGUGGCGAGCAGUAUAUCCUUCGCAAAGUCCCUGUCUUCGGAGAUGCUGAUUACGAGCUUGAACGCGCUGCCGAUCGACUGCUCGCCAUCACAACCAUCAUGCGCAACCUCUCCUUCUACGAGCCAAAUCAGCUAGUCUUGGCCGACGAAGUGGUUACGAAAUUCCUCUGCAGUGUAAUUCGAUCUUUAGGCACACACGAGAACCUGCUCGGGACUGCCCAGAAUGCUCUGGAUUUCAUGAAAGAUGUCAUAGUCCUGCUUUCCAACAUCGCCGGGUGUGUGGAAAUACCUGGGCGUGAACAAGCGUUGUGUCUCCUCCAGUUCUUGUUGGCAUUUGCCCCCUCGCCCGCCCCGAACGUGACUGCAGAAAAGCUCGUGUUCUCGCCCUUCGAGCCUUCGGUCCAUGUGUAUCUACCGCACGCCAUCGAUGCAUUGGCAAAGCUACUUGCUCGAGACGAACCGAACCGGACACAUUACAAGAUCAUAUUCGCCACCGAUGCUACCGCUUCUCUCCCUUAUGAGCUUCUCACGCGCACCUUUGCUUUCGCCAUCUCACCCAUUCCGGACCAGAAUAAGGAAACGCGUCCGGCGAAUCUCCCCUCGUUCGUUGAAGCGCGGAAGCCUCUACUCAUGCAAGGCCUACUCGCAGCCGAUAUCAUAGCUCAGUUGGCACCGGGCUACGAGACUAGGGUGACCCGAUCUUGGCUCACUUCGAGUGAAGGAUUUGCGCACAACCUCUUCCGCCUCAUCUACAAGCUCUGCACCCAAGCAGAGCCGACGCCACGACAGGGUGGAAAUGCCAGGAAUCAACCCCGCGAAGACGUGGAUGUGCUUUACAUCGUUACGUGUGGUAUCUCGACGCUAAGGCGACUGAGCGAGAAGGCGAAAGAUCCAAACGAUCCUGCGAGUAUACCGCCGAAUGCGUUGCCAACACGAGAAAGUCUCUUCAGAUCAUUACACAGUCUCAGGAGUCCGAAGUGGACGCAGCUGCUAAACCAAUUGAGCACAUAUGCCGGGCUGGACAAGUAA